UGUAAGACCUGACAAGAGCACAUAGGAGCUGCCUGCCUUUGCCUGGUAAAGAGGCCCAACAAGGUAGUGGGGGAAACUGUGGUAGAGGUGUAGCCCUGGAGACUGAUAUUCAGAGCUAGACUAAACGGACUAGCUAUCUGAUGGAUAGUAGACUGUCUACUAUCUGAUGGCUAGGAUCUAGGUGUGAACUGAAUCUGGGGAGGGCAAAAGGAUCUCUAGCCUGGGCCUAGGGUAUUUGGGGGUUAGUCCUGCUGCCUACCACUGUGAUCUUGGGGGGAAACACCCUUCAAGACCAACAGCAGGACAUGAGUGAUCAGGAAAGGGAGACAGAAGAGGAUGAAGGCGUUACCUCAGACACGGCACCCAUGCUACCCCGAAGAAGGACUACCAAUUACCACAUCUCAGUCCUGGCCACCCGAGGCCUCAGGACCCUGAUGCUGUCUGCCCGGGCCCUAGUUGGGUUCCUGCUUCAUCUGCUGUUGCCUGGGACAGUCUUCCUGCUGGUAUUGCUGCCAGCAGCUGCCGUUGUCUACCUGGGAUUCCUGUGCCACUCGAGGGUUCAUCCAGCCCCGGGUCCACAUUGCAGAGCGCUGCUCUCAGACCGUGGCUCCGCGGCGCUCAUUGUGUUCGGAUUCCUCUCUCUGCCACCGCUUCUGGUGCUCGCCUCCGCCGCCCGCUCCCUCCUGGUCCGGCGACUACACCUUAUACUGCCUACCCCCGCGAGGACCCCCGACCCGCGCCGCCUGCCCAGAGGCAGCGAAGAUCUGGCGGACGAGGAGAAACACCUUUGUGCUUGGGUCUGACGCCUCAAAGGUCUCUCCCGGUUCUAUUCGCUUGACCCCCAUUAAGUGGAUGACGGCGGCCUUCGGGCUCUGAGCGCAGUGUUCGAAGUCUCCAGGAGGUGGCAAUCGGGUCCCUCAGAAGAGGGAGAAAAGGUGUCCCUGGAAGAAAGGCGUUUGUUCUCCAUCCCCUCCUGUGGUCCGCAGCCAGCUUUGCAGCCAUCUAUGUGCCCCGCAAACCAUGCAUAAUUCUAGAAGCUCCAGUGUAGCCAGUAACAACCAGACUUAAUGGCUUAUCUUGUUGGGUCAGUUGAGUCCUCCAAGGUCAGCCAUGACCUUGUCCAGGACGAAGAUCAGUUGGGUCCAUGGUCAAACUAUUAUCAGAUCAGGUUUGAGAUAGGAUCUGGGAUCAGUGAUUUAGUGUAAGUGCAGGGUCAGCGUGCCGUUGUAGUUAAUAUAUAAUUUAUUUUUGUUUUA